AAGGACAAGGUGUAUACAAAUGCACGACCCUUUGUUGAUUUUUUCUACUAACUUAUUUCCUGGAUGAUAUUAUCUCUUCUUUAUUGAUGAAAUGGGUGACCUGAAUAGCUUGCCUAACUCCCCCUUGAGCGACGAGGGUUGUGAAAGCACCUCUCUUUUACGAGAGCACUCCGAGCCGCAGCUCGAGAAACGCCGAGUCUUUUUUGGUCACACUGAAGGUGUUCGUACCCCAGGCCAACACUAUGUGAAGACUCGCCGGUGCAGCUCGCUCAGGACCUGGCUCCCUAUAGUCUGCUACAGCGCUUUGUCUUUGACGGGCAUCGUCUUGUUUAUUUUGGUUGGCGGAUACUUUGGAGCUUUGUUCAUUUACGGACCGCCUGAAAAUGAGCCUGUCCGUACAGAGGCACCUUCGAUCUGCCAGACGCCUGAAUGUAUCAAUGCUGCUUCUGAAAUCCUGCGAAACAUGGACCCCGAUUACGAACACAUUGACCCUUGCACAAACUUCGACCAGUAUGCCUGUGGCGGCUGGAGAAACCAACAUGACAUGCGGCCUGACCAGGGAUCUAUUUUUGCCGGGACACUCAUGCAAGAGGCCUCUGAGACUCGUCUUCGUCACUUGCUUGAAUCACCUGAGCCGUCGGAUCCUGCCGAUUCGAAAAUCUUUAAGAAGUUGAAGUCGGCUUACAACGCUUGUAUGGAUGAGAAGACAGUUAGUCGCCGUGGUACUAAGCCAUUGGCCAAUAUGCUGGAGGAAUUUGAGAAGAUAUAUGCAGUCAAUUCUGCUUCUGAGGGGUCUGAUGUCGACCUUAACAACGCUUUGCUAUAUCUCAUCAAGUCUGGAGUCGACGCCCUUCUGACUACAUACGUUUCGCCCGAUGAUCGAGAUCCGGAUAAAGUGACAAUUUUCGUAAACCCACCUCGGGAGAUUGGUCUUCCGUCGAGGGAGUACUAUAACAAUACGAAGACGGUCGAGGACUACAGUACAAUGCUCGAUAAGGUCCUGGGAGGCCUUCUCGCUAAGGAAAAGCACGUUGUCGACGACAUUGUAUCAUUUGAGUCAAAGCUGGCAGAUAUCUCUCCGGACACACAAACCCAGGCGGAUGUGACCAAAUACUAUAACCCACGCAGUAUUGAAGAGACACGGUCACUUUUACCCCAGGUUUCGCUGUCUGAUAUCAUCUCAGACCUAGCUCCAUCUGAUUUCAAAACGGACCGUCUGAUUAUCGGUUCUCCGUCAUACAUGGAAUCUCUGUCCAAGCUCUUGGACGAAACUCGAAGGGAAACCGUCCAAGCGUUCUUUGAAUGGAAAAUCAUCCAGACGUAUGCAGGUCACAUUGAGGAUAAAAAAAUCAAACCUCUUCGUGAGUUUAAUAAUGUCCUCUUGGGCAAGGACCCUCAAGCUACCCAGGACCGAUGGCGGAAAUGUAUCGGUAGCCUGGAUGAGGAUCUUGGGUGGAUUCUAAGCCGAUUCUAUGUUCUCAGCGCUUUUUCUGAAGAAUCAAAGAAGCUUGGAGAUCAAGUUGUCUCUGAUAUCAAGGAGCGAUUUGUCUACACAUUGCAUCAGACUAGCUGGAUGUCUCCGAAAGUGAGAGAAUUGGGCAUCCAGAAAGUCGGCAACAUUGUACAAAAGAUAGGAUACCCCACGAACAGCCCCAAUGUGAUGGAUGCCACAAACGUGGAAGAGUAUUACCGGAAUCUUUCUAUUUCGAGCGAGAGCUUCUUUGAGAAUGGAGUCGCUGUUGCGAAAUUUGGCGUUGGGAGAGCCUGGGCGAAACUGGGAAAGCCCACCAACCGGAAUGAAUGGGGUAUGACUGCUCCCACCGUCAAUGCAUACUACAACCCUCCCGGAAAUGAAAUUGUCUUCCCUGCUGGAAUCAUGCAGCCCCCUGUCUUUUACGGCCCUUCCGCUCCUCUUUACUUGGCAUACGGCGCUUUUGGAGCGGUUAGCGGCCACGAACUUUCUCAUGCUUUUGAUUCAACCGGUCGACAUUACGAUGAGACCGGAAACUACACCAACUGGUGGGAUGAAAAAACAGUCGAAAGCUUUAAGGAGCGUGCACAGUGUUUCAUCGACCAAUAUUCCGAGUUCACUGUUCCCGGGAAGGACUCGGAGCCUUUGCAUGUCAACGGCCGCCUAACACUCGGAGAGAAUAUUGCUGAUGCCGGUGGUCUUGGGGCUGCAUACCACGCUUGGAAGAAGCACGACGAGUCGCAUCCAGAUCGCCAUCUCCCCGGACUUACCAAGUUUAGCAAAGAGCAGCUUUUCUUCAUGUCCUAUGCCAACUGGUGGUGCAGCAAGACCUCUCCUGAGGCAGCUCAGAGAGCUAUAUAUGUGGAUCCUCAUGCGCCUAAGCCUGCACGAAUCAUUGGAACGAUGUCAAACUCGGUCGAAUUCAAGGAGGCGUUCAGCUGUCCCAGCAAAGAACCUGUGUGCAAGCUCUGGUAGCUAAAACCAGAGACGGGAGGUCAGUCUGUUGGUUGGAACAGCUGGCAGAGAUUCAGUUAUUGCAAUCUAUUUCAUGCGCCAAGUUAUGUUAUCUCUAAUCAACAAUCAGUGUACUUAUGCUCGAUAAUUGUCCUUAAUAUAUUUCCUAUACGUGAUUCUCAAAU